ACCCGACAACUCACCCACACAAUUAAAGCCAUUCUGCUUACUAGAAAUCUUGGAGUGGGAAGUCCAAUGCGAGGUCUAGGUCUGAGGUAUCAACCGGUAUAGUGGUUCAAUGGUUAAUUUUGCCAAGGAGCACGUGGUGUAUCACAUUCAGCGAUCUUUUUGCCAUUACCGCCCUGGAGUUUCUAUUUAAUGUGUAAAAUAACCCAAUCACAAUACUUCGCCGUCCUAAAAGCUCUGAUGAGGAAUCCGAAACUAGAGAUGAUUAAUUUUUGAACGUACAUUUAAGUACCUGCCUGCGAGGCAAUCUUGAUUGCUUUAUUUUUUUUUUCGUUGCAACGGCUUCGUAUCUUCGAUACGUGUUUUUAUACGACUCAUUUGAUUGUUUGAAGUUCUUCAAACUCCAGUAUACGUUGAAAUCCAUGGGCAGCGAUCGUAACUAUAGAUUCUAUAAUGAAUUCGCCACUUCGUCGAAGCACGAGACGUAAACAGGUUGCCGAUGGAUCUUCCGAGUCGAUAAACGAACUUGGCAAUUCACAAGGAGUUAGAAUAACUCAAUGUCAGGCAACCACCAUGGAAGCCAAGAACAGGGACAUGGCCCGAGUCUUACGAUCGACAAAAACUUCAACUUCAUCUGAUAUAAGCGAAACUCCUGAGUUUGAAAAUAGCCAAGAGACGAGUAAACGUGUUACGAGAAAAAAUACCUCGUCGAUCCCUUCGACGCCCAAAGCAACCAGAAAACCACGUGGGUCAAGGGCUGGUUCCGAGACAAAGUCGACACCGCCGGUUGCUCGAGUCACGCGAAAAACACGGGCUAUUUCCAUGGACUUGGAGUCCACAAAUCCAUUCGAUUCAGAGCCGUUACAAUCUACCAUGGUACGGGAUGCAGGCAUCAGAAUUUGGAGACUGGCAUCGGUUUUGCCAUCUGAACCAGCAGUGACCGAGGAAGUCGAGACCAAUGCUACUUUUUCAAAAAGACUUGACAGAUCUGUGAUUGAAAUUGAUGAAUUAGAAGAUAUGGAUCAUUCUUCAAAUGUCUCUUCGUCCAAGGACACUACUAAAUCUUUGGAAAAUAUGUCGAUCAAUGAAGAAAGAAAUAGAAGCGAAGAAAAAAUGGAAGUUGAUGAUUUUCCUGAAGUAUCGAGUACCCCUCCUGAGCAGUCGUCUUUGGGAUUGCACAAAGGUAAUUCAAGCCAAAGCUUAAUAGACAAUUUGAAAACACCAGAAUCGUUAAACCUGUCCAAGAAUUCCAGAAAGAAAAGUCAUGAAAUGAAUAUGGAAAAUUCGAAUGAGGUGUCGUUUGAUAAGUCAGUGAAACAAACUCCUGUAGAAGCAUCGAAAGAAUUAGGAUCGCAGAUCGAAGGCGUAUUAAACAGCUCUACAGAUGAGCAAUUACAAAAUGGUAGUAACAAAGAAAUUGAAAAAUAUAAUGUGUCACCAGUGGUGACAGCCACUACUCAGGAAGAACCAAUAACUGAUCUGACAUCAAAUAAUGGCAAAUCAUUGAGUCCAAUACUCGUAGAGAAAACUGCAAAAAUAAAAGAAACGUUAUCAGACGAUGAAACGCCAUCGAGGGUCUCACCGACGAAGGAGUCUUUGACAAUGACAUCACAAUCUGCAAACACCGAAGCAUUAAAUGAUUUAGGCGAUACUACCCUGGUAACUGAUUCAGAAGCAGAUAAGUCAAUCAUUAUCACUGAAGACGCUGAGAUUACAGAAAUGAAUAAUAAAGUGGAAAAGCAAAAUGACACCGAUCGUGCAUUUGACAAUCUCAUAACAAAGGAGAUUGUUAUUAGGCUUAACAGAACAAAAGUUAACAGAAAAGCUAGCAGCGAGGAGACGUCAAUUUUUGACCGUGACAAGUCAAAAGCCUCCAAAGACGCAGUCAUGUCCGAUGACAGUAAAGAUUCGAAUCCUGAAAUACUUGAAGCUAGUCACAAUCUGGAAAAUGCCACUUCGUUCACUGAUAAACUGUUACAAAGUGAAAAAAGUAACGAACAUGAGAAACGCAAAUCCAGAUUGAAGCCUGCAAAUAAUAAUUCUCCAGUAACAUUGAUGUCUCCGGUGGUUGAGAACAAAUCCAAUACAAACGUUGAUAGAAAUAGCAUUAACAAGGAGGAUCAUAUUAUUUCAAGCAAGGGUUUAGAAACAGGUACAUUACGGUCCGCUGAUACGACUUUAUUCGUUGAAGUGACGGCAAGCAGCAUGAACAUACCAGUGGAAAAUAAUUUCAACGAAGGCGACUCUUUAAUGCCCUCGAUAGAUCGUUCUUUCGCCGAUUUAAAAAAGUCGACAACGGAUACGUUGAUCUCGACUGAUAAUUUACAGACAGUCGAAAGUGAAGAUAAACUGCGAGUUAAGACUAAACAUGGGAUAUCUUCGAUUGUUGCAGAGUCCACGAGUGGUCAGUCCGAAGAAGUCUCAGUUAGUGAGGACCGGUCUGAAAAAGUUGCAACACCGGUGAACACCGAAGUCCAGGAUAGGAGUGCUGCCCUAAAGUUGAAGCCAGAAAAGAACGAAACUCGGUCCCAGAAACUGCACGAUGAACAUAACAGCGAUUUAGACAUGAACCUAGGAAGUCUGUUUCACGACAUUCCUGCCGAAGAAUGGAACAGAAAGCUCACAGAAAGCUCACCGACUGUGGAAAAUGAGAGUGAAGCAGAAUGCGAUCUGGUCCUGGAGGAAAAAGAAGAAACUGCAGCUGAAGAAGCGACCAAGAAUGGCUCCACAUCUGGUAACGCUUCAAGUUUCAAGACAUCAGAAGUGAAGUCCAAGAAAGAAAAUGAAACAAAGACAGGAGACGAGGAGGAGAAUGAAGAAAUGGAUGUUGAAUCAGACAUUGAGAAUGAAGUAAGUGAAGAGAGUGUGAUUAGAAAAUCCUUACAAAGUGAUCGGCAACUUCCAGAUCUUGUGACUGAUAAAAAUGUAAAGAAAAGUGACAGUUUCAGAAAAUCGGUUGAUAACAGUGAAAACAAUAUUUCGAGUACUGCACAUCGUAAGUCUACAGGCAAAUCAGAAUCUCCCACCAAUGUGUCAAAAGAUGUUCAUUCUUUAGCAGACGAAAGUUCCGAAUCUAAUCUGGAGACAUCGACAUCCUCAAAGCACCAAUCGCGGAAAAAAAGAAAAUUCACCAAAAGCUCAUCGGAAGAGAAUAUAAACAUAAGCAGUGAUUUAAACGACUUAAACACUUCUAAGGUGAGUGACAAGUCGAAGAUUUUGGAGCCUGAAGAAGACAAUGCUAACUUCGAUGAUGAAGAGGCUGUUGCAACGAAAACCAUUGUAUCGUUUGAGAAAUCCAACAAAAGUCAUAAAUCAGCAGAAAACCAGCAAGUUUCGGGACGAAGUUUAAACAAAUCUAAUCAGGAACGCAGAAGUUCCCUUAUUUCAGUCACAAAGAGUAACGAUUCCUUCAACGAGACGGAUUCCAGCAAUUCUUCGGAGAAGAUUCCGAGCUCUCCUAUUUUGGGAAAUAAAAAGUCGCAGAAAAAGAGAGAAGAAUCGAUGAAGGAGGAAGCGCGUUUCUCUGUGACGAGCACCCAGGGUGAAAUGGAACCAGAACAUAUGGAUACUGAUGAAGACGAAGAGGAAGAGGAAGAGGGGCCCUGUAAGAUGAGCUCCAUCACCACUGAUAUACGUAGAUCUGAAAGUGGAAGUAGCAGCAAAUCUUCAAAGCGCGCGUCUCUGGUCAUUGAAGAGGACGAGUCGCUUUUUGUUUCAGGCAAACAAAUAAAAGCAAUGUCGCAAAAAUAUGCAGAAAACAGCACGGUUAAUCAGAAUUACUCUAUUGCAGCACAAGUGGGCUCGGAGAGCUCGAAUGAUAAUUUAGAAGACAGUAAGAAAGAGUGGGUUCCUCAGUUUCUUUUUGACUCGUCUAAAGAAGAUGAUUCAUCAAAUGACAGUAUUAAUUCAGACAUUGCUAGGGAGUACAAUUUCGAUGGGAAGUCUGACAUAGAGGAUCCCGACGAAGAUAUACCUAGUGACAUCUGCAGAGAAUCGGAAGUAGAAAACUCUGACUCGGAUGAUAAUGGAUCUGACUUGGAAGGAUUUGUAGUGGGUGACGAGGAAGAGGACGAAGCAGACGGAGAUGAGAGUACGGAAGAAGAUGCAAGUGGAGAGGGAAGUAAAAAGAAAUUCUCGAGAAUUGCAUUGCAGUUUUCAGAUGAAGAGGACGAUGAAUCUGAAAGUGAAGUUAAUCGAAAGGUAGUCAUAACAAGUGUCGGUGACAAGAGUAAAGUUUUGAAGUUCACUGGGAAGCUACCUGACAAUAUCGAAACUCUAAAAACUCCGAAAAGGGGUAAAGUUCCGAAAAAGUUAUCAGAGACUGAUAAGUCUCAAGGUGUUUCAGAUGAACAGAGUGUUGAUAAGAGUCUCAAGACUCCGAAAGUGAGCAGCACGCCUAAACCGAGUGGGAAGACCUUGAAAAAUAAAAUUGUUAGUAAUAUAAACUUGGGUAUUAACAAAGGCGAGUCGUCAAACUGCAGUAAAAGUGAUGAGGAGUCCCUCACACCUGCAUUCAUGAAAAAGAAGAAUAUGAUUCUUAAUCAAGUGCAUACAAUACCUUCCGUGAAAAGUGCAAUGAGUUUCUGCGAAACGAGUGGCACAAAGCAAAUAGAUUCCGGUGUUCUACAGAAAAGUCUUCCGGCUCUGCCAACAGACUUGACCGAUGUCACCGAAACCAAUCUAUCAAGGCAAAAGUCAUCCAAAGUGUCUAUGCUGAAUAAAACAAUGCUAACGCCUAACAGCCCUGUAACGAAAUUCCUGAAGAAACAGAGGUUACACGAUACUUUACCUUCUGCAGAUUUACAAGACGAAGAAGCAGAAGGCACUUUGGAUGAGACAAAAGAGAUCAUCGAAUCUAGUAAAAAAGCUCAUCUAACCUCAAAAACGAGCACAUUGGACAAAUCACCGAAAGAACACAUCCAUGCUGGAGUUAAAGAGAACAGCAGCGAAGAAGAUACAAAUAUUCUUGCCAAACAAAAGCAGGCCGAGAACACGACCGAGUUAAAGAGUAGUAAAGUAAAGAAAAAGUCAUCAAAGAAAUUGACAAACGUACAGGAAACUGUUUUCGAAGCUCAACAAACCGUUGAUAAACCUACCGAAGGCGAGAGAAAGAAAAAGAAGAAGAAACAAAGUGACCACAGUCAAGAAACAGAGAGUCCAGGAAAAUCAAAGACGAAGAAAAAACUCGAAAGUCAAGAAAAGUUGGAGGCAACCGUCGAAGCAGGAAAUGUAAGAGAGACGAUUGUUACCAAACGACAAAAGGGAAAGAAAAUGGCAGAAAAACCGAAGAGAGGAAAUGUAGAUGAAGGAAGUAGUCAGAGGCCAUCGAAGAAGAGGAAGAAAAUCGAAUCGACAGGAUUCGAAGCAGCCUCGGAGGAAGAGGUAAAUCCGAAGAAAUUAGGGAACAAUAUCGGGGUGGAUUCGGGAUCUAAACCAAAAUUGAAGAAGUUUAAAAAGUCGCCUGCAGAACAGGUAGAACAAGAGGCGAUAAGACUGGCCGAUAAGAACAAGGAAGGCGCUGGCAAAGCUCGCAAGAAAAUUAAGAGCGAGGGCUCCGACGUACAUCAUUCGGAAGAUCGACCGACAAAGAGUUCGAAGCUGGCACCGAAGAAGAAGAGAGAACGCGCCGAUAGAAUAAAUCCCGAAGAUCGACCCACAAAGAUUUCUAAGCCGAGAUCGAAGAAAAGUGCGAGCGAUUCCGACGAACCUCCCGAAGUCGUAGACUUCUCGAAAGCAAGGGCAGAAGCAUUAAGAGCCAUGAAAAACGCAGUCGAGAGUAUAAAAGCCGGCAAAGAGGCGAAAAGGAAUGCGAGGAGAGAAGAAAUGGAGAGCAUCGAGAACCUCUCGGACGGCUCGAUAAAGAGGCCGAAGAAACGAAGGAAGCUUUCCAAAACCGACGAGAUAAUUCCUUCCAAAUCCCCGUUUGUCCCCGACAGAGCCUCGAGUCCUGGAAACGAGGAAGACGGAUUUAUUCUUCUAAGCUCAGCCGGAAGCACGACGGAAUUUACCGUCGCGAAGAUGAAGAAAAUUAAAAGACAAGCAUCUUCAGGAGCGGCGUCCCUUAGACAGCAAAAACUCCCCCGGAAUAAUCCUCAGCCAUCGACUUCUUACACUACGUACCAUCGGAAAUUGAAAGCGUCUGGGAAAGAUAAAGUCCCUUCUUGAAAUGUUUAGAUAUGAAUAUUCGAGUCUCGGUAUUCUAAUUAGACUUCCUGUAUUUAACGAGUAUGCCUCGAACAAUUUAACCUGCUCUUCCCGCUUACCCGAGAAUUUAUUAUUAUUAUAAUUAAACGUCCUUUCAGUAUUCUCAACUGCAAUGUAAGUUAACAUCUCUGUGAGAAUGAUUAAAAAUCGUUAAUCAUCGCGUGAGAGCAAUAGAUAAAUGAGAUGUUCAUCGCUUGAUUUUAUAAUCAGUGUCGCAGACUUAGGACUACGUUGUUACGAAUGGGAAUAGAAAAUGUAAAUUAUGUAAUGCUCAUCUGUGAUUCUUAGAUUCUACUUUUCUACAUUUAAUUUACAGAUAUGGUAGAAUAUGUAUAUAAACCUUUUGUUAUGUUACAAAUAGAUGUGUAUAUUAUGAAUAGAUGUAAACUGCGACUCUUCGAUUCUACUUUUCUACGUUUAAUUUACAGAUAUGGUGGCACGUGUAUAUAAACAUUCUGUUAUAUUAUAAAUGGAUGUAAUGCGUAAUGCAAAAAUAUAACUGCGCAUGUUUGUAUUCUAUGGAUACUCCACGAUGAUGUACUAAUUCGUUGAUUAUUUUGCUGUAUCAUUCACAGAUGUUUAAAGAUUUAUAUUCAGAAGAUUCUGUAGGAGUGGAUACAUUGCUUUGUUUGCUAACAAUCGAAAGAGCAUCGAGAAAUUAUUCGGACACUAUUCCUAGUUAAUAACUAGUUGACAUAGUUUACGAUGGUGCGCAUGAAUAAUGUGAAUAACUAUACUCUGCACAGGAUUAAAUAUCAAUGUUCAUAUUUUAUAAACUUUGACAUGUAGGAUUGUUCAUGCUUCAUGGAAAUCUUAUAACUCAUAUCUUAUCACUGAAACUAUCGAAAGGAUGAUUUUAUUCUGUUUAUUUUAAUCCUGUAUGCAUCGACAUUGUAGACAAUGCUUUAUCCUUCUCAGUAAUAUGCGGUCAAUUGUUCAGCAUGAUUAAAUAAUCUAUUGUUAACAGGCGUUAAGAUAUUAAUUUGUUACGAUAUUGUUUGGUUUUAUGUGUUGGAGUUGUAUUCUGUUUCAGUCUAAAUAAUUGGUAAUACGCUUGUUCUAUUUGUAAUUAAAAUUUAUACUAUUCUUUUUACGAGUCAUUUGUAUCUAAUAAAUCCAGCAAAAAUUCUUCUUA